AUGCUUACCAUCAUUACCCGAAUUCAGAAACAGAAAUCCACUGGUACUCCGUCGUAUUGAAGUUUUCCGGUGGUGGUGUUGCUACCGGCAGAGUAUUAUUGUAUAUCCGAGGUCACAGGUCUAAACUCCUGGAUUAGAUGUGGAGUAUCAAAGGUAGACUUUCAACAAGGUUAAUGAAUAUUUGUGUAGCAUCUCUUUGUAAAGCGAAACAAUUGGAGAAAGCUGAAGUUGUAAUAGUUGAUGGCAUAAGAAUUGGAGUACAACCAGAUGUGGUCACUUAUAAUACACUGAUUACCGCAUAUUGUCGCUUUGUUGGCAUUGAUGCAGGUUAUUCCGUCCUUUAUAGGAUGAAAGAGGCUGGAAUUUAUCCUGAUACUAUUACAUAUAACUCUUUAAUAGCUGGAGCUACCAGAUAUUGCAUGAUAUCUCGAUGUUUCGAUCUGUUUGAAGAAAUGCUUGAGAUGAGUAUUCUUCCUGAUAUUUGGAGUUACAAUACAUUAAUGCAUUGCUUCUUUAAAUUGAGAAAGCCAGAUGAAGCAUACAGGGUUUUUCAGGAUAUUCUUUUGAAAAAUAUUUCUGUUCAUCCAGCAACAUUCAAUAUAUUAAUUAAUGGUCUUUGUAUGAAUGGAUAUACAGAGAAUGCCUUAAUGUUAUUUAGGAGUAUAAAACGUCAUGGAUUUAUUCCCCAAUUAGCAACUUACAACAUUCUUAUUCAUGGGCUGUGCAAGUCAGGACGGGGUAAAACUGCAAGAGAAUUUCUCAACGAGCUGGUAGAAUCAGGUCAUAUCCCCAAUGCCAUCACUUAUACGACAGUAAUGAAAUGCUGCUUCAGAUGUGAACAAUUUGAAGAAGGCCUUAAGAUCUUUGCAGAGAUGAGAAGGAAAGGAUAUACAUAUGAUGCCUUCGCUUACUGUACAGUUGCAAGUAUGUUACUUAAAACUGGGAAGAUGAAUGAGGCCAACGAGUACCUGGGCUAUAUAAUUACAAAUGGUUUUGACCUUGAUAUGGUGUCUUUUAAUACCAUUGUUAAUCUAUAUUGUAAGGAAGGUCAGCUGGAUAAUGCUUAUAAAUUGUUACACGAGGCAGAAAAAAAAGGGUUGGAGUCUGACAAGUACACCCACACUAUCUUUAUUGAUGGCUUGUGCAGGACUGGUAAUUUCAAGGAGGCCCAGCAACAUUUGGACUAUAUGAGUAUGAUGGGUUUUGAUUCUAACUUGGUUGCUUUGAAUUCUUUUAUUAACGGGUUGUGUAAAGCUGGUCACCUUGAUCAUGCUCUACGGAUGUUUGAAUCAAUGGAUGCCAAAGAUUCUAUUACUUACUCCACUAUGGUGCAUAGUCUUUGCAAUGCCAGGAGAUUCCGUGCAGCAUCUAAGCUAUUACUAUCGUGUAUAAGAGGCGGCAUGAGAAUUCUUAAAUCAGAUAAACGUGGUGUUAUUGAUGGCCUUCGUGGUUCUGGAUAUUCGCAAGAAGCAAAGAAGAUCCAGUCUAAAAUUCGAUUGGCUAAGAUACUGCAAAAUUAAUUAGGGAUGAUGUUCAACUUUGCCACCCAAGCGUUAACCUUGUUUAAUUGCCUAAGGUUUUGCAUUUUAAGUCUUUAUGGAAGCUUUAAAACCUCAGGGAUCAUGCAACUGAGUAUACAACCUACAUUACCCAAUUUUAAGUCAAGUUCUUAAUCCUCUUGUAAGAGGCAAACACAUGACACUGCUGUGAAGAGGUUGUGAAUUCUAUACCUUUCCUCGUCCAAAAGAUAGUGAUGACAUGCUGUUGAAACUGUGAAGAGUUAUUACAACAAUAACAACAACAUAUACCUAAUGGGGACCGGGCAGGGUAGAUUGUAUGCAAACCUUACCCCUACCUCAUGGAGGUAGAGAGGAGGUUUCCGGAAGACCCUCGGAUCAAGACUUAUUAUGCGGAAGUAAAUGCAUUCUUUAUUACAGAUGCGAAACAAUUAGGUGGGCCAAAACUCAUGUCAUUCUGGGCUUUGAAUCUGAAAUCAUUAAGCUGUCGUUUUUGGCUGAAGAUAAAUCAAAGGAGAGGAUUGAUCUUUUAAAUGACCACAAUUAUUGGUUGCUAUCAAAUUUAUUGAUAAUUGAUGUUGUGGUAUGCAUAUGAUUACUUGCGGACUUUAAUGUGGUUGCGCAAUGGGUUACUACUUGAACAGAAGUUUGCCUAUUGAAGCUUGAAGUUGAGACUGAGCAAUUCAAAGAUUUGGGACAAGUAAGAUAGCUUCCAAAGCUUCUUCUAUCAAAUGCCAUGAAAUUAGUAUGAAUGACGGUAUUUGAGAUUGAAAAGAUUCAAUAACACCAGGAAAGCCCAAGGCUUUAGGAAAAAUUAGUGGGUUGGAUCCACUUUAGUCACAUUCAGUAGCAGCUUGCUGGCGUCCUUUCAGAAUGAUCGUUAGAAUGAGUCAUUCUAAGGCCAUUUUUAUAUCUAAAUGGAAGGGAUUAUUGGUAUUAAUCAUAGAGAAAUUCAUCCGAGGAUGACUUAACUGAGAUGACUCAUCCUAUCAGGCACAAAUCAAACAUGCACUUUGAGGUGGCAAUUCGUAACCUGGGAACUUUGUGCUCUCUUUUAGUUCUAAUAGACUCCUCUGAAUCCAAGUGAAACCUAAGAGCUGUCAAUGAAGCAGAUUAAACAAAUGAAGAGAGAUGCUAGACUCCAGCCAGACCAAGAGGAAAAAUUAUGCAAUUCAUAUAUAUGAAUUGUUGCGGAAGGUGCAUCAAGUUGGCUGUGUUGAAAAUGACUGGAAGAUUUCUGCCCAUAAUAUAUCGAUGUGAAUGACCACAUCAUGAGAUUUGACUUUUGUCAUACCAAAAACAGCUGUGAAACAUUUCAUUUGGUAUGGCAAAAUGAGUAUAAUUGACUAACAGUAUUGUUCUAUAUAUUACAACAUGACAGAGAAAUUUGAGAGUGUAUUUUGUUAUGGCAAAUUAAGUCGGAAGAACCAUGGGAGAGUGAAGGCAAUGACGAAGCAAGCAAGCAGGAAAUUACAGCAGGAUUGUUGACAUCUCCAUCUACAAUCAUCGCGUGUUGCAGCUGAGGAACUGGUUAGAUAUGAACUUCUUCUGGCUUCUACUGCCCUUUGGUUCCAUUCUAUCACCAUUAUUCUGUUCUGUCUUUCUGCUAAUGUUCUUGUUUCCACAUUUUUUGCUGUCUUCCCACAUAUUUCACAUGAUCUGUAAAAUCACAAGAUAACACUGUUACAUUCCUCACUAUUCAAUAUGAAUUCACUCUGUUCUAAGGUCGGUUUUAUGAA